ACCAACUAUCAUUCCGGCAACACUUGCCAAUAUCCUUUCCACCGUGAGCGACUUUGGAGUUUUGCGCUCACGUUGGUUGCGAAAAGCUCCAUCUUUGGUUCUCUGCGAUAAGCUUGUUCGCGGCUUUUUCGGACUUGUUCAACGUCGAUCUCGGUGUGAUCAGCCUUGGGAAGCGAACCUGGCACUACCAACAUGAACCCUAUCCAAGCUUACCCCGCUGAGGGCGUCGUCGUCCCAGAUGCGCAUCAUCACGGACACUAUGGAACCGAGGUCACCGACAACAAAGCUGGCACAGGCACAUAUGUGACAUCUGAAAAUGAGUCUCAUAAUGGAGGCAUCGCAACCGAGAAUGAGGUUCUGGAGCGAGAUGCGCAGACAAAAGGACAGUGGUUCCAGUAUCUCAAGACGAAGCAGUUUUGGAUUACACUUCUUUUGGGACAGGUUCUGGCCGUCUGCAUCACAGGCACGAAUACGCUAUCUUCGCUCCUUUCAAACGAGGGAACAUCGAUUCCUGCCUUCCAAUCCUUCUUCAACUACGUCUUGCUCAACAUAAUUUACACGUCGUAUACGCUGUAUAAAUACGGAUUCAAGAAAUGGACACGGCUUAUCCUGAAAGACGGAUGGCGGUACUUUAUCCUUGCGUUCAUGGACGUCGAGGGAAACUACUUCAUUGUACUCGCAUACCGCUACACGACCAUCCUAUCCGCCCAACUCAUCAACUUCUGGGCCAUCGCCGUCGUAGUAAUAAUAUCCUUCCUCUUCCUCCGCGUCCGCUACCACUACACACAAAUUCUCGGCAUCCUCCUCUGCAUCGGCGGCCUUGGCGUAAUCUUCGGCUCAGACCACAUCACGGGCGCAAACAACUUUGGCGCCUCCAGCCCCGUCAAGGGCGACCUCUUCGCCCUGCUCGGUGCCACCUUCUACGGCCUUAGCAAUGUGUUUGAGGAGUGGCUGGUUUCUGAACGCCCGCUGUAUGAGGUCGUGGGCCAGUUGGCCUUUUGGGGCAUGUUUAUUAAUGGGACACAAGCAGGCAUUUUCGAUCGUGCGGCGUUUAGGUCGGCGCAUUGGAAUGCCAAAGUGGGUGGGUAUUUGACGGGGUAUACGUUUAUUCUGUCGCUUUUUUACUCCCUGGCACCUGUCUUGUUUCGCCUUAGUUCCGCGGCGUUUUUCAAUAUUUCGCUCUUGACUGGCAGUUUCUGGGGCGUGGCUAUUGGCGUGAAAGUGUUUGGGCUGAGCAUCCAUUGGAUGUAUCCCAUUGCUUUUGUGUUGAUCAUCGUGGGUCAAGUUAUUUACUUUUUGAGACAGAGUAUGGUGGGGGAGGCGCUGAAGCCUUGGUUGGGGAGGGGCCAGGAGAAGGGGCAUGCGGGUGUGGGCACGGCGAAGAGGAGGGUUGAGAGACCUGAGGCGAUUGUUUAG